UUUCAACUCUCACAAUUAGAUUGCAAUGCAAUUGGCUAUAAAUCUUAGGUAAAUCAUCAUUUCAAUGGCCACUCCACUCAGCUCAAGUACUGUUAGUCCAACAAAAAGAAUGUCUAACGAGAAAACUAAAUAUAUGGAGAAAGAAGAGCAAGAUCACGAGAGAGAUAAUAAGGAUCAGGAGGAUAGCCGGCGGGAACACCAACCACCAUAUAUUACGCCGUUGCAGCCGCUGACUAAGGAAGCGUACGGCGGUGGGAUGUAUGGGAAGGAUGAUGAAGGUGGUGGUCCGGCGAGGAAAGUGGAUAAUAAACCACCAGCUAGUGAGACACAAAGUGCUGAUGGGCCGGAGGAAGCCACUCUUCAGCCCAAACAUAAACCUCCGCCGUCUUCCGGCGACCGUGACAUUGAUAUCACCGGCCAAUCAUACAUUCAGUAGCUUUGUACUAAUAUUAUUGAACGGUGGUGGGUCUUAGUGGUAAAGAAUCAUCUUGUAAUAAGCAAAAUAAAGAUGGAAUUGUGUUUAUAAAUAUUGUCCAGCCUUUUAUUACGU